AAAAACAACACAACUCUGCUAAAAAUUCACAGUUCGCAAUAUAAUUCGUCUAAUUGUUUGUUAAUAUUCGUUGUAUGUACAAGUACUAGUGUUCAUUUGGCAUGCGCUAUAUAAAGGUUUGAUAACAAAGGUCGCCAAGCAUAAAAAAAAUAAUAAACCAGCCAAACAACUAUUGUGCGACAUUGAAAAAUACGUCAGCAAGGUGUCUGCCUACGAAAGCAUGGACCUGCAGCAUAUGGAGAAUGGCCUCAGCGGCGGAGGGGGCGGUGGGCUUAGUGAGAUUGACUUUCAAAGAUUGGCACAGAUAAUCGCAACCAGCAUUGAAAAAGUACAACAAAAUGUGUCCACUAUGCAGCGUAUGGUCAAUCAGUUGAACACGCCACAAGAUUCGCCAGAGCUGAAAAAGAAACUUCACCAGUUGAUGACUUACACCAAGCAGCUGGUGACGGAUACAAACGGUCAGCUGAAGGAGGUGGAUAAGUGCAAGGAGCGACAUUUGAAAAUUCAACGCGAUCGUUUGGUGGAUGAGUUCACAGCGGCACUGACCGCUUUUCAAGCCGUCCAACGCAAAACGGCGGACAUUGAAAGGAGUGCGUUACAUCAGGCACGCGCGCAAAACUACAGCAUUGCACAUCCGCCAGGCUCGACACGCAAUAGCAGUGCUAAUGGCAGCAGCAAUGACAGUGGUUCCUUUUUCGAGGACAAUUUUUUCAAUCGCAAAUCAAAUCAGCAGCAGCAACAGCAGGUGCAAUCACAAAUGCAGGAAGAAGUUGAUCUACAGGCGCUAGAGGAGCAAGAGCGAGCCAUACGCGAAUUGGAAAACAACAUAGUGGGCGUCAAUGAGAUCUAUAAGAAUCUGGGUGCUAUGGUCUAUGAGCAGGGUGUGACUGUGGACUCCAUUGAGUCACAGGUGGAGCAAACAAGCAUUUUUGUCUCACAAGGCACAGAGAACUUACGCAAGGCUAGCUCUUACAGGAACAAGGUGCGCAAGAAGAAACUCAUACUGAUUGGAAUACUGAGUGCUGUACUCUUGGCCAUCAUCUUAAUAUUGGUGUUUCAAUUUAAGAACUAAGCGUUGGGCAAGAGGAUGAGAAACUUGAGAAAACCAAACUAGUAAAUUGUUUUAAAAAGACAAGUGUUGUCGCCUGCAGGUCAACCUUAACUAAAAUGUAGACGCAUUUGUGGCUUUCAAAUUAAAACUUAACUUCCAAAAACAAAAAUCUAAUUGGCUUAAACGAGAAAGUGUAAGGAAACCAAGUUGCAAGUAUCGAAAAGUAUUUAAAGCUCAGUUGAAAUGCGUUGGCACCCAUACACACACCCACAUGCAAAAUGUUAUAUACAUAUAUAUAUAUAUAUAUACUUAUU